AUGCCUGCCAAGACAAAUUGGAUCGUUCAAAAGUUCGGUGGAACUAGUGUGGGAAAGUUUUCCGAGCGUAUUGUCGAUGAAAUUAUCAAAGUGUUCACUACGGACUACGAUAAUAACGUUGCCGUGGUUUGCUCAGCACGCUCGUCCGAUACCAAGGCAGAAGGUACUACUUCUCGACUUCUAAGAGCGUGCGAUCUAGCGGCGAAAAAUGACCCUAGCUUUAGAGAUGUUCUGGAGAAAGUUAGAGUUGACCACAUAGAGAAUGCCAAAACUCUUGUUAAAGAUGCCAAGCUGCAGCAGGAGCUCAUCAAAGAUUCUGCUCUGGAGUUGGACCUCGUGGACAAAUAUCUGAAUGCAUCCCAAGUCUUGGGCGAAGUUUCUUCGCGGACCAUGGACUUGGUUAUGUCAUGCGGUGAAAAACUAAGUUGUCUUUUCAUGGCAGCUCUGUGUAAUGACCACGGUGUUUCAGCUCAGUACAUUGAUUUGUCGUCCAUCAUUCCGUCGGACUACCAAUGCAAGGAGGGAUCUUUGGAUAACAGCUUUUACACGCUGUUAGUGACGUUAUUUCAGGAAGCGCUACAACCUGUUUUGAAACUUCAGGCAGAGGGCGAGAGGGUCGUUCCCGUGAUUACUGGCUUUUUCGGUCUCGUUCCUAUGGGUCUUUUGAACGGUGUAGGUCGCGGGUACACCGAUCUUUGUGCAGCUUUGAUUGCUGUGGGUCUCAACGCCGAUGAACUACAGGUUUGGAAGGAAGUCGACGGGAUCUUCACGGCAGACCCUCGUAAAGUACCGCAAGCCAGACUCUUGAGGAGUGUCACUCCUGAAGAGGCCUCGGAAUUGACAUAUUAUGGUUCAGAAGUUAUUCACCCUUUCACUAUGGAACAAGUCAUAAGGGCCAAAAUCCCCAUUAGAAUCAAAAACGUUCAAAAUCCUACUGGUGAGGGUACUGUCAUCUAUCCUGACAACAUCGCCAAGAAGGGUGAGUCUACCCCACCACAUCCACCUGUCACUUUAAGCAAUUCUUUCUUUGAGCACAAACGCAGGGGCGCGACUGCCAUCACAAGUAAAAGUGACAUCGUCGUCAUGAACAUUCAUUCCAACAAAAAGACGUUGUCGCACGGAUUUUUGGCUCAAAUCUUCACCACCAUGGAUAAGUUUAAACUUGUUGUUGAUUUAAUUUCCACUUCCGAAGUUCACGUUUCCAUGGCGCUUCCAAUACCCGAUGCCGACUCUAUGAGAGAUUUGAAGAACGCGAUCGAAGAAUUGAAGAAAUUUGGUUCCGUCGAUAUUACUAAAAAACUUGUCAUCAUUUCUUUGGUUGGUAAGCAGAUGAAACAGUUCAUUGGUAUAGCCGGAACUAUGUUCACCACGCUGGCCGAGCAAGGAAUUAACAUUGAGAUGAUUUCUCAAGGUGCUAACGAAAUAAAUAUUUCAUGCGUUAUCGACGAGGACAACGCUAUCAAGGCUCUUCAGUCCAUUCACUCGAAGCUGCUCGAUGCUCCCGCUCAUGAAUCUGAUCUAGGAAGCGCUGUCAACGAGAGAUUAGAGCAAAUAAAGAGACUCAACCUAUGA